AUGUUGCGCACAGCUCUUUUCUUUCCUGGUCAUGGAGUACAACGGGUUGGCAUGGCCAGCGCUUGGGUCCAUAGAUUCCCAGACAUUGCGACGAAAUUCUUAGAUGAGAUGGACUCCAUAUUAGGGCUUCGACUGUCUAGAAUUAUUGCGGAAGGCCCGAAUUCGGAGCUGAACAAGACUGAAAAUUCCCAACCCGCUAUCAUGGCAACCUCUAUAUUGAUUCUUCGAAUACUGGAAAGACGGUUCGGCUUCGAUACAAAGGCGCGUGUGGAUGUAACUCUGGGACACAGUUUGGGGGAAUUUUCUGCGCUGGUCGCAGGAGGGUAUCUUAGUUUUAGCGACGCCUUGAAAUUAGUUCGGCGCCGAGCUGAAAUAAUGUCCGAGUGCACACAAAAGGCGUCCGAGAAGUCUGGCGAGACUUACGGCAUGGUUGCAUUGGUGUGCGAACCGGAGCAUUUGGAUGGCUUGCUUGCUACUAUCUACGAAUUCCUGAGCCUUUCGCCGUCAGACCUACACGAUGACUCCGCAAGCUGCGGAUUACCGCCCAUCCAGCAAGUGAUGGUCGCAAACAUUAAUUCUAAAAACCAGAUAGUACUCAGUGGCAGUAUUGAGAGGAUCAGGACUCUUUUGGUUCAACUUCGCCAGUUUGGUGGUCAUGACCCCCGUGCAGUGUGGCUGAAAAGCGAAAGCCCCUUCCACAGCCCCAUAAUGGCACCUGCCGCUGUGUAUAUGAGGGAAGCUCUCGAGCAAAUUCAUAUAAAUUUCCCAGCCAAUAUGCCGUGUGUAUCGAAUGUGUCCGGUCUACCAUUUCCUUCCAAGCAUAAACUCAAAUCGCUACUGUCGCAACAAUGCGUGGACACUGUGCGAUGGUGGGAUAGUAUUCGGUACCUGGAUCAGGAGCGGGGUGUGAAAAGGUGGAUUGGAAUCGGACCAGGAAAGGUUGGGAGAAAUCUGGUUGGAAAAGAGGUUGGAAGGGUUGUGGCUAAGGGAGGUGGUGUCUGGGCCAUCUGUGAUCCUCGUGAAGUUGAGGACACCCUUGCUGCCCUUGAAAAGACGGAGGUUGAUGUUCUACAGGACUGA